AUUGGCGUUUCUAGCCGCGACGUUGGGUCUCCUGCCAACUCCAACUACACACCCACCCCACUACUGAAUCCUCCCGCUUCAACGAUAUCGGAACAUCGCCAAGAUGAGCAGCCCACGCUCAUGAGCGAUUAUGAGGUGACUCUGGUCAAUGAUAAUACGCCCUUUGAAGGUGGCCUCUGGAAGGUGCACGUCGAGCUGCCAGACACCUACCCGUACAAAUCCCCGAGCAUUGGAUUUGUCAAUCGGAUCUUCCACCCGAAUAUAGACGAGCUGUCCGGAUCGGUGUGCUUGGACGUCAUCAACCAGACGUGGUCUCCCAUGUUCGACAUGAUCAACAUCUUCGAGGUCUUCCUACCACAACUCCUACGAUACCCCAACCCCACCGACCCUCUCAACGGAGAGGCGGCUGCGCUGCUUAUCAGAGAGCCCAAGAACUACGAAGUCAAGGUCAAAGAAUAUGUCCAGAAGUAUGCGAAUAAAGAUGCCGCCGACGACGCCGGAGCCGAGAGCGAAGACGACGACGACCUGUCCUCCGUAGCGAGCUUCGACGACGAGGACGAGGAGCCCGCCGGCCAAAUGGACGACGUAUAA